UUGAAGUUUUGCAUGCAACUCACAUAUAACACUUCACAAUUCUAUCUCUCUCCAUCUCUCACACCCACAAACAAAGAGAGCUGUAGGGCCAUGGAGAUCUUCAUGACAAUGUCUCUUCUCACUCUUUUCUUUGGUUUCUUCUGCCUCUGCAAGUUACUUCUCCAAAGGAGAGACCAGAGCUGCUAUAUGCUGGCUUAUGAGUGCUACAAGGCCAAAGAGGACAUGAAGCUCAACUGUGAUUCCAGCGCAAAAAUCGUCAUGCAGAACAAGAAUUUGGGAUUGGAAGAACUCAGGUUUCUCUUGAAAACUAUUGUCAGUUCUGGCAUUGGUGAAGAAACAUCUUGCCCACGAAACAUCAUUGAAGGCCGAAAUCCAACCCGGGCAGAUGAGCUUUGUGAGAUGGAUGGUAUCAUAUUUGACACACUUGACAAGCUUUUUGCCAGGCCUACUUCAAUUUCUCCAUCACAAAUCGACAUUCUGGUUGUCAAUGUGUCAAUGUUCUCCCCUGCACCCUCUCUAACAUCUCGUAUAAUAAAUCGUUACAAGAUGAGGGAGGACAUCAAGACCUUCAACCUCUCAGGAAUGGGAUGCAGUGCAAGUCUCAUUGCUAUUGAUGUUGUACAAAACUUGUUCAAGUCAUACAAAAACGCAAAUGCAAUUGUUGUAAGCACAGAAUCCAUAGCUCCUAACUGGUACUGUGGCAAAGAAAAGUCCAUGAUGCUCACCAACUGUCUGUUCCGCUCGGGAGGGUGUUCGAUGCUGUUCACAAACAACAAAGGCCUAAAGCACCAAGCCAUGUUGAAGUUAAGGCAUUUGGUACGAACCCACAUUGGCUCAAGUGAUGAAGCGUAUGAUUGCUGCAUACAGGCAGAAGAUGAGAGUGGAUAUCAAGGUUUUCGCCUUACCAAACACCUCACAAAAGCAGCAGCUCUGGCUUUUACAAUGAACCUCCAAGUUCUAGUACCAAAAGUGCUUCCACUGAGAGAAAUACUUAGGUACCUGGCGGUAUCUAGGCUUAAAAGUGCCAAAAGCCAAAAGCCAAAAGCAGAUGAGGGAGUUGGGUUGAAUCUUAAGACCGGGAUUGAGCACUUUUGCAUUCACCCUGGUGGAAGAGCAAUCAUAGAUGGGAUUGGUAAGAGCUUGGGGCUAAGUGAUUAUGAUGUUGAGCCAUCUAGAAUGGCACUUCACAGGUUUGGCAACACAUCAGCAGCUGGCUUUUGGUAUGCUUUGGGAUAUAUGGAGGCCAAGCAGAGGCUUAAGAAGGGCAACAGAAUUCUGAUGAGUGGAUUUGGAGCAGGUUUUAAGUGCAACAAUAUUGUGUGGGAAGUGCUCAAGGACUUGGGUGAUGCCAAUGUUUGGAAAGAUUGCAUAGAGAGUUACCCUCCUAAAACCUUAGUCAAUCCAUUCAUGGAGAAGUAUGGUUGGCUCAAUGAUGAAUAUCUAAGCUUUCUUAGGUUUGAUUUUUCCCAAUUAUUUGCUGAACUUCAGCUGUUUUGUUAAAGUAUCCAUCUUUUUCCUUAAUUGUAUUCCGCAUGGAUAUGUUAAAGUUUAUGAUUGUUUGAAGUUUCUCAGGUAAAGGGUAGUGUUUUGUUUCAUCAACUAAGUGUCAA